GUGGGAGACCAGGCCUUUCUCCUCCAUAAGCUCGGCGGCUCGUCCUUCAGGAUGUAUGAGACGACCUUCGAGCUGGGUAGAAGUCUCUUCAAGCAACGCAAAUCUCAUGUUCACCUACUAACCACGACAAGCACGAAGGUAACUUGUGAAGACGCUUCUCAAGCCGCUCCGAUAACUUCAGACAAACAAGCUCACCCCCGUCGUUUAUGGCUUCCCAGAGCAAGAUCUUUUCUUCUCUCGCUUCAAUGUUCUUUUGCUGAUGAUUUGGAUCUUGGUUCGAUUGUCUUGAAUGAUGUUGCCACAAGCAUUGCCGAUCUGGUUGGAGGCGCUGAGCUGUGGGAGCAGCUCGGAUACGAGGCAUCUCUGAUGCGAUCCACCUGUAACGGUACCACUGAGGCUGAAGGCGUCCUGGAUUUGGACUUCAAAAUUUGUGUAUGGCACUGUCAACCUCCUACACUAAUGCUAAUCCACAAACCCAGAGUCGAAGGGGUUUACAUUGUGAUUCAACCUUUCCCGUUGGACUUGCUACGAUAGAGUUGAAGUCGGUGCAAAUACGCCUACACUUUACAGGCGAGGAUCCGCUGAGAGGACAGGGACAGAUAGAAUCCGGUCCAGAACGAAGGAACGGUCUAGACAUAUGCCAACAGGAUCGCUUUUUGAGUAGCCGGCAUGUGGAUCGAAACAUACCCAGCACCCAUGGUAUGGCGAACAUUCAACUACAGCCUACGUCAACUAUGCAUUUGGCAGACAAGGUUUCUCUGUCAAAUGAACAGCCUCCAUUAAAGAAGGCCAACAAGCAGCGACCGUCAUUGGAUGAAGUCGUUCUUUUUGCACUACUCGACGCGGCCGUGCGUGGCAGCAUCUGCUCCAAACCCGUUCACUUGUCUGCAGGCGUCAAGUGUCUAACUGCCCAGAACGCUUUCUGGCUGUGCGAUCUCGCCCCAGCCAUAUUCAUACCAAAUUACCUCCAAAAGGUUGAAGAGCAGGCCAGAUUCAUUCCGACAAUUUCCAAAUGCUUGGAGACUCUCCUCGGCUCUUCGGAAUCUGGCGCUCCACAACAGCACUUCGAAGGUUCGGCUGAGUUGGGGUCUGGAAGUUGUGACAGGGGGCGAAAUGCUGUGGGAUCACUGCAGAAGGAUCUCUGGUUUACGAUCGUGAACGGCCUGCGAAGUCACGAGUCUGCUCGAAGGCUCCGACCUAUGCGGUUUGCAAACAACAAACAACCUCCUUCCAUCCCGGACUUGUUCCAUCAUCUGAAUUCACCAUGGCACUCAGAGGUUAAAGCUCGGGAGGAAUGCGAACUCGGUUCCGAGCCAGACUCGGAUGAUCAAGCUGUUGACCAAAACGGUGAUCUCGAUUUCUGCCUUAAAUUCGAUGGUCAGGCUAAUAUAUGUGGGAGUUACGUCGACCCGGUGACAGCAAAAGGUGUCAAUGGCGGUCACAGUGGUGCAACGAAAGAGUUGCAUGAUGUGGAACUCACGGGCGGUGGGCAUAGGCUGGGUGAAACCUACGACUGCCCGAUUGACCCCAAGACGACUGCCAGUAGGCCACCUAACGAAAACAGAAAGUACUCGAAAGGCUGUUCAGGGUUAAGUGAUGCGUCAAUGCUUCUGGCCUGCGAAGAACCUAUGAAAGAAGGACGCAUAAUCAGGCCAGCGAGUGCAAUUGGUGGACCGAGCUGGCUUACUCAGAAUGUCAUCCGCAUGCAUCCGCUGAGGCAGCAACGCCAUGGGAAUCAUCAAGUGGACCACGAAAACAGCCCAUGCCAAGGGGACAGCUUAUAUGAGAGGCCUGGCCUCGGCUGGUGGUCAGACACCAGUAUUGCAAGCGAAGAAGUGCCACUCGAGGAUCGUCGUGACCACUAUACAAAGCCUCAAUCAGCCGACUUCUGCUCAUCUCCUCUCUCUCUCAGCGAGGAAAGUUGGGUCCGAGACUAUUUGGACUUACAAUACAACUCCAGCCAGGAGGUUCUCGUUGGUGGUAGGACGACACCCAUGUCAACAAGCCAGACCGAGGAACAAUCGAACGGCUCUUUGGCGGAGGUACUUGGAAACGACCAUUUGUUGUGGCAUAUGUGGAAAAGACGUGCAAGCGUGGCCCCUCGAGGCGAAGAAGACAUCACCGACAUGAAGACGUUGUAUGCCACAGAUCCAGAUAUGAAGUUGUUCAGUUCAAGAUGGGACCUCGAUCCUAGCGACAUCAGCUCCGGGAGCAACGAAGACCCCAUGCUGCAAGAUGCAAUGGAAAGGCGACCAUCUCCUCGAGACAAAGCCCACUCACCCAUGACACCAAAUUCGGAAAGACGAUCGUACUUCACUCCAACACGGUCCUCGUCAUCUUCGACAUAUGUUGGACGAUCAAGUGCCGACCCCAAGCGACGGUCGAGUCUCAUUAAACGGUUUACUUGGGGAGGACGGCACAACACCUCCGAAGCUCCGGCCCUGGACGUCGGCAAGCUGGAGCAAAGGACCAUGGAAGUCAAGAGAAGGAAGACGUUAGAUGAUUAUGACAUGAUGGACCGGGAGGCCAGCAACGAUGACUCCAGCGACAUGCUGUUUUGAUGCGGAGGUUUAGCGGGACAUGCACUUUUCGGGCGUUCAGGACAAGAGAAAGGCCAAAGCCAAGGCACAAACGACACUUGGAGGGGUUGGGGGCGUUUUUGUUAUUGGGAGACCGUCUCAGUGGUAUCUGAAGGCCGGGUUCUCCCAAUCUGCAUGGGCAAGGAUAUGCUAAACCUCGAGAAGGCAAGCAUCAAAAGUGGCAGUUCUGGGAAAGGCACUGAAGGUGCUGGAUGUACUAACAAAUAAUGACCAACAGAAAAUGUUCUCGACCUGUACAUAGUUUAUACCCAUAAUAUGUGAGAACGACC